CGCCAAUAUCCACUCCCUCUGCAUUACUUUUGCUUCAAAGUUUCUCUACAAAUUCUCCAGAAUCAAAUACUCCUUUAAUUUCCAAUCUAAGAAAUGGCUCGCACAAAGCAAACUGCUAGGAAGUCCACCGGAGGCAAGGCGCCACGUAAGCAGCUAGCCACCAAGGCGGCUCGCAAAUCAGCUCCGGCAACCGGUGGAGUUAAGAAACCUCACCGUUUCAGGCCAGGAACUGUAGCCUUGAGAGAGAUCAGAAAGUAUCAGAAGAGUACAGAACUCCUCAUCCGCAAGCUUCCAUUCCAGAGGCUCGUGAGAGAAAUUGCUCAAGAUUUCAAGACUGAUUUAAGGUUCCAAAGCAGCGCUGUGGCCGCUCUUCAGGAAGCUGCUGAGGCUUAUCUCGUGGGUCUCUUUGAGGACACUAAUCUCUGUGCAAUUCACGCCAAGAGAGUUACCAUCAUGCCAAAAGAUAUCCAACUUGCUAGGAGGAUUAGAGGCGAGAGGGCUUAGAAUAACUGAUUUCUGUUGCUUGGAUGAAGUAUUAUGUACUAGUUUUUGGAUAAUUAAUUGUGUUUUGUGUAAAACUGAGUAUGGUUUUAGGUUAAUCUUUCUCUGGAUCUAUGUCUCUUUAGAUCUUUAUCUAUCGCUUCAUAAUUAUUGUGUAAAUCUAUGCUCUGUAAUGCUGAAUCUUAAAUUUGUUCACUUUCAAUCAAAUGGAAAUCGAUUCUGUUA